GAGCAGUAAACACAUAAAACACAGCCCUUAUCUGCAGCCAUACAUACCUUAUUUUAAGUAAGAGCUGUACAUAUACAGUGCAUGUUACUACAUGUCAGCCAGUCUUUUGACGGAAUGACAGGGAGGUGCAUUCACUACACUUUUCUUCCCAGGUGUGCAAAAAUGUGCCACAUUGCAUAACUGAGACUUUGACGUUGGAUUGCCUUUGUUGCCGAAGUGGAUUUGGGUCACUGAGGGUCAUAACUAUGAAGAGGCCUCACUCGUCACUGAUCAACUUUGCUCUACUGUUGAUUCAGCUAUCCAUCGCAUGUGGAGGCAAAAUCCUAGUGUUUCCACUGGAUGGAAGCCAUUGGGUAAACAUGAAAGUACUCAUAGAGGAACUGCAUGCCAAAGGCCACGAGCUCACCGUGAUCCGGACUUCAGACAGCUGGUACAUCACUGAGAAGUCUCCCCUCUACACCUCCGUCACGCUUCCCAGGCCCAAUGGAUUUGAGGAAAACUUUGACACCUUUUUGUCUCAACAGUUGGAGAUCCGGAUUCAGGAUAAGCGUACAUCUUUAUGGUCCCACAUCUGGGCUAAAAUACAGAUGCAGAGGCUGAUUGUGGAUCAGUUCUCUCAGUUCCAUAAGGGAAUGAGUGAAAUGGUCGUUCAGAUGUUUGAAGAUGAAAACCUGAUGCGGUCUUUGCAGGAAGACAAAUAUGACCUGGUUUUGACCGAUCCAGGCAUUGGCGGAGGGGCCAUGCUGGCACGUCAACUUCAGGUUCCCCUUGUGUUCAAUGUCAGAUGGACCAUUCAAGGUGAAGCUCAUUUCCUUAUUGCCCCCUCCCCUCUGUCCUACAUUCCUUUCACUGCAACAGAGUUCACAGAUAAGAUGACCUUCUUUCAAAGAGUAACCAAUGUUUUCAGUUAUGUACUUGGGAUGUACACACUGUCAUACAUGACAGAACCUCACUACAAACCGCUAGUUAAGAAGCACUUUGGUCCUGAUGUGGAUUACUCAACAUUUUUCCUUGAUGCUGACAUAUGGCUGAUGAGGAAUGAUUUCGUUUUUGAAUUUCCACGCCCAACGAUGCCAAAUAUUGUCUACAUGGGCGGAUUUCAGUGCAAGCCUGCUAAACCCCUCCCUGCAGAGCUUGAAGAGUUUGUCCAGAGCUCUGGAGACCACGGCGUCGUUGUGAUGACUUUAGGAACUUUAGUCGGGGAGCUUCCUCAAGACAUCGCUGAGGAGAUAGCGGCAGCCUUUGCACAGCUGCCUCAGAAGGUCAUAUGGCGUUAUAUGGGACAAAGGCCAUCUAACCUCGGCAACAACACAUUAAUGGUCAGCUGGCUGCCACAGAAAGACCUCUUAGGACAUCCUAAAACUAGAGUGUUUGUGACCCACGGAGGAACCAAUGGGGUUCAGGAGGCAAUUUACCACGGAGUACCUGUGGUCGGCCUUCCCUUGUUCUUUGAUCAGCCGGAUAACUUGUCGAGAAUCCGAGCAAAGGGAGGUGCUGUGAUUGUCGAUAUCGCUCUUCUUGAUAGACACAUCUUUGCAGAAGCCUUGAUGGCAGCUCUUUACAAUUCCUCCUACAGGGAAAACAUGCAGACUCUCUCCAGACUGCACCGAGAUCAGCCCAUGAAACCACUGGACCAGGCAGUGUUUUGGAUAGAAUAUGUAAUAAGACAUAAAGGAGCGAGUCAUCUGAAGACUCAGUCCUACAAAAUGUCUUGGUUUGUUUACAACUCUGUGGAUGUCAUCGCUGCUUUGUUGGCAGUUAUUUUUCUUGUAACAACCAUCUGCAUUUUAUUUGUGAGGUUUGUGUGGAGGAAGUUUUUUCUGUGGAGAAAAGUAAAAAAUGAAUGACAUUAAAAUGAAAAAAAAUGUUUUGGGGUUUAAAUCAAAAUGUGACUAAACAUUAAAGGGGCGCUGGUGGCGCAGUGGUUGGUGCACACGCCCCAUGUAUGGAGGCUGUGGUCUUCCAAGCGGACGGCCCAGGUUCGAAUCCAGCCUGUGGCCUCCUUCCUGCAUGUCAUUCCCCACUCUCUCCUGGUUUCUGACUCUAUCCACUGUCCUAUCUCUAUUAAAGGCACAAAAGCCCAAAAAUAAAUCUUAAAAAAAAAAAAAAAAAAA